AUGCCAGAACAAAAAAAGUCCAUGCUACCGCUACAUCCAGCCGCUGUUCACAUUGCAUUACACCUCGGUCGCCAUCCUGUCGUCGACUACCUUCCACAAGGUAGCCGGCAGAUGAAAACGGCAACCGGCCCUUGGACAGCUGUGCACAGAAAUCACCAGAAACGACAACUUGUCGACAUUCAAGAGGUGGAAAACGACUGCCUCCAGGACCUACGCUCCCUUGCCAAUGUAUCGUCUUGUCACAUUGCCCAUCCCAUCGCCAUAUACUACUACCAAAAAAGAGUUUUUUUCAUACAAGAACACGUCGCUCUGAGCGUACUCGAAUUAGGGCCCCUCUGUGACCCCGAAAUCGCUUACGUUUUCGCCCAGGUCCUGAACGGGCUGCAACAUCUGUUGGUGCUCGGCAUUGGUUUCCGCGUUGCUUGCGUUCGAACCACUGUAGCGGGCGACGUAAAGAUCGUGUUAGAUUGGGGCUAUGAGCCUAAUAUAUCACCGCUCUUCAAACUUGCCGGCACCUCGUAUCUUGCAGUCUUUCUACGAGACCUCUUCAUGGAGCUGCGUGGGCCAUGUCGCGACUGGUCCGCAGAUGCUUGCGAUUUCGUCCGUAUACUGGAGGCCGGCUACCUUCCAGCCUCGACGGUGAGCUUACUUUUCUUUCGAGCAGUAACAAACGCUGAUAGCGAGCAGCAUUCUUUUUUGUCGCAAGCCUCAUCGGUUCGAUCUACAGCCUGGUUUGCGAUGCAACAAAAACUGGCCGCUUCGUCUACCUGCACUCUGGAGGACUUUUAG